CCGCAGGCGCCGGCACCUGCGAGCGGGUCCAAGAUGGCGGAAGGCGGCGAGGCGGGGCCGGGGGAGCAGGACCGACCCUCGGGGCCGAGACCCCCGAGCGCGCGGGACUUGCAGUUGGCCUUGGCAGAAUUGUACAAAGAUGAAGUGAAAUGCAAAUCUUCCAAAACUGAUAGACCUAAAGCUUCAGUCUUUAAAAGCCCACGAACACCACCUCAAAGGUUCUAUUCAAGUGAGCAUGAAUACAGUGGAUUGCAUCUAGUUCGACCUUCACCUGGGAAAAUAGUGAAUGAACUUUUCAAAGAGGCAAAGGAACAUGGGGCUGUCCCUCUACAUGAAGCCACAAGAGCUUCAGGUGAUGACAAAACUAAGUCCUUUACAGGUGGAGGAUACAGAUUGGGUAAUUCCAUUUGUAAACAGUCUGAAUACAUCUAUGGAGAAAAUCAGAUGCAAGAUGUUCAGAUUUUGCUUAAGUUGUGGAGCAAUGGUUUCAGUUUAGAUGAUGGAGAAUUGAGACCGUACAAUGAUCCAGUGAAUGCUCAAUUUCUGGAGUCUGUUAAAAGAGGAGAAAUUCCCCCGGAGCUUCAGCGACUGGUUCAUGGUGGCCAAGUGAACUUGGAUAUGGAGGAUCAUCAGGAUCAAGAAUACAUAAAACCCAGAUUGAGGUUCAAGGCUUUUAGUGGAGAUGGACAAAAACUUGGAAGCCUUACCCCUGAAAUUGUCAGUACGCCUUCCUCCCCAGAAGAGGAGGAGAAGUCAAUACUUAAUGCAGCUGUUUUGAUUGAUGAUUCAGUGCCAACAACAAAAAUUCAAAUCAGGCUGGCAGAUGGGAGUCGUUUGAUACAAAGAUUCAAUAGUACACACAGGAUCCUGGAUGUUCGGGACUUCAUUGUACAGUCCCGUCCUGAAUUUGCAAAUCUUGACUUUAUUCUUAUAACUUCAUUUCCAAGCAAAGAGCUAACCGAUGAAAGCCUGACACUACAAGAAGCAGGUAUUAUUAACACUGUGAUUCUCCAGCAACUGAAAUAAUGCUGCUCCUAUUCAUGUAGUAACACAAAGGAGAGAUGAUGUGCCAUAUUAAUAAGGAAAACUUACUUAUACAAGUACCAGAUUGUUUUUAUAAUUUAUACAGAUGCAUUUUAGUUUUAUUUUUAUUUUAUCCUCCAGCCUUAGUAUAGAUGAAUUUGGACUAGGAGUAGAUCUUGAGAUAAAUAUCUUUGAAUUAUUAUUUGUAGGGCUGGCUUAUGUUGAUAGCUUUUAAAUAUCCACAAACCAAUUUGUUACAUGCCCAGAGUUCAUGUAACAACAUUUGUUGGCAGAGAAAAUUAACACAAUUCCAUUUUGAUAAAUUUGGUAAAAUUUGCAGUGAAGUUUCUUGAUGAUGCAUUGAUCAAGAGCCAUUAAGGAAUUUUCUGAUCAAAUGUUUUGAAAAUUUAUAAUAUAUACUAAAGAGUAUCUUUAUUCUGAUUUUGAAAUACUUUGAUCAUGCAAUGAUUAUUUCUCCUAUUAAGAUACUAUACAUCCUUUUUACUUACUGACUUAGCUAUAUUACUGUUCAACCUUGUAUUAUGGAACUGUGAACAUUAUAAACUUGAAACAAA